ACAGUUGACUGAAGAUAGUUGUUAUAAACGAACAAGGUUACCCGCUUCGGUCAUGAUCAUUCUAAUUUAUUCCAACACGAACGUUUAGUUAAGGAGAGUCUGUGGUUUGUUUAGUGAAGAAUACUUUGAUCAAAUAAGUACGAACAGUAAAAAAACCGCUAUGCGUUGCAUUAAUGACAUUAUUCGUGCCUCGAAAUGUCUUUAGUGUGAGGUAGGUUGUAUGGAAACAUGAAUAAGUUAUCGGUUCUAUUAGUGGUCUGUGUUUUAAUAACAACAUCGAAUACCGAGUUGAUGCGAUGGGAGCAUUCGAAUGGUUGUAUAGGAAAUAUCUGUUACAGGGAUUCCAGUUAUCCUCAUGAAGAAAUACAGAAUAUGUGGACGAAAAAUUCGAAAGGAUUAUCCAAAACAUUUGGAAAUCUGAAUACCAGAAUAGAACGUACUAAAUUUAAUCCAGCAGUGACUUGCGAUCUUUGUCAGAGUAAGACUAAUUUGGUGGUACAAUUAGUUAGUAUAAACGAACCAAAUGGAAAAUUGUAUAUAGCACCAACUAUGAAGUACAAUCCAAAAAUAAAAGUAGUUGUAUGCCAGAAUAAUGCAAGUUGUGAAGUACCAAAUAGACCGAAUGAUUUUACUACGAGCUGCAUACAAGUUAAAAGUACAAUGAGCCUUCUUGUUUACAACUCAACGACGAAACAAUUUCUUCCACAUAUUAUUAAUUUCCCCAGUGGUUGUGAAUGUAUGUUCCAUGCUUCCUAAAUAAGUAAGAAACAGAAGCGUUCCUGGGAAAUAUGGAAAAACGGAUACUACAAGAAGCAGAUAUACAUAUUUAGGUGAACUGCCCUACAGAAUAUCUGCCUUAUUUUUGAAAUAAAAACUUCUGUAAACGCUUUGAUAAACUGUUCGCUUCAUUGGGAUUACCUUAACGUCUUAAAGUACUUCCAAAAAUUUAUGAUAAUUUAAAAUAAAAUGUCAUGUGGUUCACUGUGUCCCUACACUGUAUCUCAGCUAUUAUUAAAGGUAUAGACAUGCAAUUUUCGCUACCCUGUAUCACUUUUUGUAAAACUUUUAAACCCACAAACAGAAACAUUCCAACUACUUUUGUUCCCAAAAUACAAGUCGAAAACAAAAAUGUUCACUUUUAGAGAUGUUAUUAUUUCUCAGGUCCUGUAUAAGAUAGAAAAAAAAAUGGAAACUGCUUAUAAUAGAUAUUUUGGUAAUCGUUUAACCCUCACAGCUCCGAUGACUUUGAAAAUUUACUAUAUUGUAGAGGUGAUCAUGCUGAUUAAUUUGAUAUGCAUAUGAUAUAGGGCGCGGAAAUCAUAUCUUCACAUAGUUUUUUAUAUGUUGAUAACUGAAUCAAUAUAGCGAUUUCUUUGCAUGCAAUAUUUCUCAGAAACGGUUUAUCCAAUCAAGAUGACAUCACUAUCUAGGGAAAUCGUGCAAAACUUAGUAGUCUUUGCUUACAUUUGUCGAAUAUAUGCUUUUUGUAUGAUUAAUUCUCAUAUACAUUUGAAGCAAUUCAUUACUCGCAAAAGUGAAGUCAGAAUAAUUCCACAGUAUAGAUUUUUCAAGCUUAUAGCAAUCGUGAUGCAAUUAUUGACCUAACCUUACCUAAUUUAACCCAACUUAACCUAACCUAAUCUUUUUUUUGGUAUGGGUGGGAAAAUCUUCGAAAGACGCCUGGGAAGGUGUCCCAGGUGUGCUGGAUUCGUCUGCUAACCGGACGCCUACCAGCUAAAAACCCACCCUUUUUUCCACCGACGCGGCGGUAUCGCUCUUAGCGAGCAUCGCUUCACAUGCUCCGACUGUGCCUUCUUUCUCCUGAUCCCCAACUCCGGUUUCGCACACCUUUGAACAAGGAGUUUAUGUUAGUCUGGAUCUACGCGAUUAUUUUGUUAUUUUGAGAUAAUAGGGGAGGUUUCCUAGUCCUAAUUGUAUAAAUAAAAUUUAAAAAUUUGUAUAAAUAAAAAAAAUUAAAAUCUAGUAUAAAUAAAAUGAUAAAAUAAAUAAAUAAAUUAAGACACUAUACAUAAUGACACAAAAAACCCCAAUAGUUUCAAUCGUCACGUUCUCUUUCCUUUUUUUCCUUAGCCUUCAUAAUUCCCGUAACAAUCUCGAUAAUCUGGUGGUAAACCUUUUGAUGUCUAAUGGUAGCUUUCAUUAUUGCUUCGCAAUCCUGGUUGCCGCCGCCGCCGUCUUCUUCUCCCA